AACAAACUAACAGGUGUCCUCCUCCUCCCGCUGCUGCUCGCCGUCCUGCUGCUCCUUCAGACGCACAGUCACCGCAGGGCCGCCUGUCCGCGCACUAGACGCUCUUCUCCACUUCAUAUCCUUUUAAUUUAACUUUAACACACAUCUACAAAUGAUGCACUCGGCUCAGAAAGACACCACCUUCACCAAGAUCUUCGUGGGAGGUCUUCCUUAUCACACGACCGACUCCAGCCUGAGAAAAUACUUCGAGGUGUUUGGAGACAUCGAGGAGGCUGUGGUGAUCACCGACCGGCAAACAGGGAAAUCCAGAGGUUAUGGAUUUGUGACCAUGGCAGACCGGGCCUCUGCUGACCGGGCCUGCAAAGACCCCAACCCCAUAAUAGAUGGAAGGAAAGCCAAUGUGAACCUGGCCUAUCUGGGAGCCAAACCCAGGGUCAUUCAGCCCGGAUUUGCGUUUGGCGUGCCUCAGAUCCACCCAGCGUUCAUCCAGAGACCUUAUGGGAUCCCGGCCCACUACGUCUACCCUCAGGCCUUUGUGCAGCCCAGCGUGGUGAUCCCUCACGUUCAACCUUCUGCUGCUACAGCCACAGCAGCUGCCGCCACCUCCCCGUACCUUGACUAUACCGGAGCAGCUUAUGCGCAGUACUCUGCAGCUGCUGCGACUGCUGCUGCCGCCGCUGCUGCAUAUGAGCAGUAUCCAUAUGCAGCCUCGCCGGCACCGACCAGCUACAUGACCACAGCAGGGUAUGGAUACACUGUCCAGCAGCCGCUCGCCACAGCUGCCACCCCCGGAGCUGCUGCUGCGGCUGCCGCCUUCAGCCAGUACCAACCUCAGCAGCUCCAGACAGAUCGCAUGCAGUAAAACCACAAAAAGCACCUGAAUGAGGAGAGGAUGGUUGUCACUUCCAAGUUUUAACUUAGCAGACCUUCUACCAAAGAGCCUGAAGAAAAUAUGGAGACAAAUGGGGCAGUACUGUCUAUUUUAUUCAAGUGAGAUCAGUAUUUUGUCUAAAUUGGAUAUAUAAAUAUUUAAUAUUUAUUCAGCACUAAAGUAUUUAACUGUCUCGCUGGACCUCAUGUCAACCAUUGCUGAAUUUUGUACAUAUAUUGCAGUGGAAUUUGUAUUAAAAUCCCCAGUGCAUUCAUGUCUUAUGAUCAGGUUUCUUCCACACUAUUUUGAAAACCAACCAAAACACUUGCAUAUGUGUGAGAGCAGUAUGCCACAUCAUGAUGCAGUUUUCAGUAUUUCAGUAGUUCUGGACCACGAUAUUGUUUGGUAAAGCUAUGCAGACACUGAUGGAGACGUCAGUGUUUUUAUUAGGAUUGAUCUUUUUCAUAAAUGUUUGGAGUGAAAUAGAUUAGACACCCUCAUUUAGUCCCUUUUAAAACGUCUUGUCUUGAUACUGCAUGAGACAAAAAAGCUGCGGUGAAAGCCGAAGCUGCAAAAGCACUCACUUUUCUUCCCUUUAAACAACACCUCAAGUACUACUCACCAAAAAGGGAAGAAAUGCUGUUGAAUGUGAAUCUUUCGUUUUGAUAAAAUGUUUCAUAAUGUGCCUUUUAAAUUAUGGUAUUUAUGUAUUUAUUAAGAAGCCUUACAGCAAUAAACCCUUUACUUGUUUCUGUAUGUUAGUACGAAGCCUACCGUAGAACAUGUUCACAUGCGCUGCUGCAUUUUUCAUGAUCAAGAGCACAUGAUGGAUAUUUCAACUUGGCUUGACAAAGAAGCUCUGCGCUCUGUAUAAAGAACAAAUAAUGAGUGGAAAGGUAGCAAUAAGUCCAAAGCUUUUUCUAUUUUUCUCUAGAUGUAAUGUUGUCGUCUCUAAUAGAUUCUUAACUCUUUAAUGUCGCUUUUUAUACUUGACCAUUUGAUAAAGAAUAGUGUGACAGCUGUUAGCUUUUUGAAUUUAUCACAUUUCAUGUCUUUUGACGUUGAAUGUUUUCUAAUGCAGGUGCAUCGCCUGUUUCACCUUGUAAUGCAUGACUCAAAACAAUGCAGAUGUUUAAUUUGCGAAAUAAAUGGAAAUUUACCUUCA